UUUUCUUUUGUUUCCUCGUGUGCUCGUUCGGUUCGGUCGCGAAACGGCAUUUUUUCACAAUUUCAUAUCGUCGGGAGUUGUUGCAAAGCUGCUAAAGAAAACGUUUACAAGAUUAUUAAGUUUACAACGUAUUUCCCUGAACACUCGAAAUUUUCUAUAAGUCAUGUGUAUCAAUCGGAACAAACAUGUAUUACGUAAUUGCAGUAUGAUAAGAGUCAUUUUAAGCUGCAAAGUUCGUGAUUCAUAGGUGUUGGAUUCCGUGAAAAUUUGGAAUUGUGAUUGCAUAAAGGCCAAGUGUAUUAAUCUGAGAAAAAAAUAUUAUUAGAAACGAAAAACCAAAACAAAAUCACUGGUUUUGGACGGCUAACGACGACCCGAAAAGGCAAUAAUGUUACGCGAGCUAAUUGCAUGGGUACUGAAUAAUUAUCUAGGAAAAUAUGUGGAAAAUCUUAAUACGGCGCAACUGACUAUUGCGCUGCUGUCUGGGCAAGUAGAACUGGAAAAUUUACCAUUGCGUAAGGAUGCUCUUCGUUAUUUAGGACUUCCGUUACAAAUCAUCAACGGUACAAUUGGCAAAGUAAAACUCACGGUCCCAGUACGUGCCUUUCGCACUGCAUCCUGGUGCUUGAAUAUCGAUAAUGUCAACGUAGUUUGUGGUCCGAUUGAUUUAAACGAAUGGAACUCGGAAAUCGAACAACAAACAGAGCUUGAUUUUAAAAUUGCUGCCCUUGAUCGGCUAGAAGCGAAAUGGCGUGCACAACGCGAAACUCCGAUGACAGAAGGAAGUUAUUAUGCCUCUUCUUAUUCUGGAUGGCUCAGCUAUGGAACGUCAUUAGUAACCAAAAUAAUUGAAAACUUGCAGUUAAAAGUAACUGGCAUUCAUAUUCGCUACGAAGAUGGAUUGACGAUCCCGAAUCAAACUUUUGCCUGUGGAAUCAACAUAGAAGCACUUUCUGCACAAAGCUGUGACUCCAAUUGGCAACCCGGACAGACUUCUAACUGGAGUCAGCAACAAGUAACGUUUAAACUUGUGGAACUAACUAACUUUGCCAUCUACUGGGAUCCUCUUUCCCGGGAUGAACAAAUUUUCGUGAUCAGCCCGAUAAGUGCAAAAGCUCAGAUGAAACGUGACCGCAGUGAUACCCCAUUGCGAACGCGCAGUCGACCACGGCUAGUAUGCGAUUUGAUAUGGGAUGAGAUAAAGAUAACGCUGAGUGAUGUUCAGUACAAUCAAAUGAUGCAGUGCGUUCGAGGAUUAGACGAUAUCGCCAGGUAUCGUCGUUUCAAGUUAAGCCGGCCGAACUGCAAUGUAGCGGAUGACCCUAAAGCAUGGUGGUAUUAUGCGAUUCGCUGCCAUGGUCUGCUACGACACUCCCAGAUUGAUCCGUUCGUAAUUGCCAAAGAAAACCUGCGUUAUAUCGAUGUGUACAAUCGAGUGGUUAGUAAUCCAAAUGAAGUGUUAUCCAGUGAAAACAAAUGCUUCAAAGACCGAAUAGAACGAGAACGCGAUUUCGAUGAGCUACGGCUGUUGAGAGAUGUUUGUAUGAUGCGAGUUCCGACAAUAGCAGAGAAAUCCCCUGCCCAAAUGAAUCAGGGUAAAAGUAUGCUAGUACACUUUUUUCCUCAAUGGUUGGGUUGGUACAAUAACAAUAACGAAAGUCCAACAGAUUCAACACCGCCAUCGAUGGAUCAAAUUGUUGAUAACUUCGAAGCAAAUUGGGGUAAAGAUCAGGAACUUAGUCCUAGUACUAGCUUUGAAGAUGAGAUUUUAAAUGCUCUUGCUGAUUCGGUGGAUACAAACUCAUUGCUGAAGCGAGACGCAGUUUUUGGAAAAUUUAAUUUCGUCCUGAAACGAGGAACGAUGGAUUUUUGCAGUGGAAUAGAAAUGACUCCGAUGCUGCAAUUCCAAUUCCAAAAUCUUAAAUUAGAUGUAGAAACAAGGCCACGGAGUGGUUCGCAUUACCUGAGUUUAUCAUUAGGGUCUAUUUUGAUUAAGGACCGGCUCACACCAAAUUCACAGUUUGCUGACCUGGUGAAACCACAAGCGAAGGAGGACCAGCUUCCGCUCAAUCCAAAGAUGGGACCAAUCAGGUCUAGAAGUCAAUCAAUGCCUCAGAAUCAACUGACAGAGCCAAUUUUUGAAGUGCAAUAUGAACGAAAGCCUCUUUCGUACGAUACUGACUAUCGUUUGAUGGUCAAAUCCCAAUCGUUGGAUAUUGUUUACAAUACCGAUGCCGUCAAAUGGUUAAUUGAUUUUCUGAUGAAACCGCACCAGCAGUAUGAUACACGGCGCAAACUAGAAGAUAUGAAAAAUAGAACGAAAAUGGAAUUUGUGCGCAAUUGGAAAAAUAUUUUAGAAGGACACCUGAAUGCGAGGAAAACGUGGACAUUAGAAUUCGACAUAUUCGCUCCGCAGAUAAUUUUUGUAGAUAACUUUGCGGAUCGUCAGAACAGUACCAUUGUUGUUGUAGACUUUGGAAGAUUACAGCUUACCAACGGGAAUAGGACAUUCUCUGGUGGCACCUCAGAUAAGAUAAAUAAUAUUACUGUUUCACCUGAAGUUAAAACUGAAAACGAUGAAGAAGAUGCAUUUAUGACUCCUUGUUCGACGCCACCUGGAUCAGAAGCUAGUACAACAAACUCACCAACGCUAGAGUCCGCUUUCUCUGAACUCCCGGAAUUGAACCCGACCAAUGCUGAUACCUUAGACGAACAUGCUUUGUACCAGAAGUUGUACGAUCGUUACCAGCUCCGCCUGACGGACUUGCAAGUGUUGGUAUGCCGAGGCAAAGAACGAUGGAAUUUUGCCAGUACUAAGGGUACAUCUACGUUGCAUGUACUUGAUCGUUUCAGCAUAUCUUUGGAGGUUGAAAGACGUGUUGUUUACACAAGUGAUCCUCAAUAUCCUAGUUUAACCUUGUCUGGUAUACUACCGAAGCUGAACGCUCACAUAAAUGAAUAUAAACUGUCAACUCUAUUAACUUUAAUCGACACUUUCACAAGAGCUGGUUCGCUUCGAGUAGGGGAUGAUGUUCCAGAUGCUACAGGAAUGUUUAGGCAUGAGAGUGACAUCGAUGCGAAUGUGGUGGUUUGUAACGGUAUUGAAACUGAUUCAAGUUCAGUCUACCGCCAGGGUUCUGCUAAUAUUGUAGUGUUUCAAUUCAGUAUUGAUCAAUUGUCGCUGGAAGUACAGUCAAGAGGUAGAAGUAUCGUAGAACUUCAAGUAACCGGUGUGAAAGCUGGAUACAGCAAAAGACCGGAAGAUGUGACAUUAACUCUAUCGGUUCAUGGACUUUUGCUGGCUGACGCAAUGCAAUCCUUUGGACCAGAUUUUGAACUACUUAUUGCCAGUCAUCGACAUGUGGGAAUGGAUAGCCUCUCUGGCAGCCUCCGACAGAGUGAACCAUGCUCUCCGUGUUCUCCGGGCUCGCCAGAUCCGAAUAUGGAGAGCCGUCGGCCAACUAGUCCACUAACCAUUUCGAAGGCACUAAGUAAUCUACAAAAAGAAGUAAAUUCUCCUACUUGGAACGCUGCUCAAUUUGGUGACCUAGAUGCUCUCAUAACCGUAGAGGUCAUAUUCGUUAAUAGUAGUAACUUAGAUGACCGACUGCAGGUGGCCAACAUUCAAUUCAACAAUUUGGAUAUCAUAGCUAACCAAGAAACUAUCGUGGAACUUGUGGGGUUUAUUAAACGGGUCAUUCCAAAGCAACCAACGAAACCAGAUCACACAGCACCAACACAAAAGUCUGAAAAUACCCAGGCAUCUACUGACUCGCUAACACCAAUAGUAACCAAAGAAAAUGAAUCCGAUACUAGUAACCUCGGGCGAACAGAAAUCACAUUCGAUUUCCACCGGCUUAAUGUGUUAAUUUUGCGAGCAUUGAUGCGUGAUAAUUAUCUAGUGGGACGCAAAGUGGGAACGUUUACUAUGUCCGAGGCAAAAAUUCAUGCAUCUCUCGGAGCUUUCAUGACCGUAGAAGGAUCGCUUGGAGGACUUCAAGUACUAGAUUUAACACCAGAAGGCAUCAAUCAUCAAAGAAUACUUUCGGUCGGGAAAGAUCCCCUCACCGAUCCACCCACAAUUCGUCGCAAUGAACCAGAUCUAAUGACCUCAUUAGCGCAAGAAGUCUAUGGUGUGCCAAAGGAAAGCACGGACGGAUUAGUUGAAGAAAGGCAAGCCCUUUCUUUUUCUGUUUCCAAAGACACUAAUGCGAUAAUCGAUGUCCGCGUGAAAAUGGCAUCGGUGUGGUUCAUUCACUGUGCCCGGUUUAUGCAGGAGUUAAGCUGGUGUGCCUCAGAAUUCAAACAUUAUCUAAAAAAUUUGGCUCGUUCGAUUCGAGACAAAGCAACGGACAUGGCUCUUGGUUUGGUACAGUCUAGAAGUGAUCUUUCAAGCAGUCGUUCUGAGAGUAUCUACAAUUCACCACGUAAAACCAGACGACAAAGGACGGUUUCAUUAUCAAAAACACAAGAAGUGUUCUUGAAUGCUGAAUAUACGCUAAAAGUGGACAUUACACUUGAGACUCCUGUGUUAAUAUUACCAAGAUCAAGUAGCAGUACACAAGUACUAGUGGCUCAUCUCGGAAAGAUUACAGUGAGCAAUACCCAUGACCAUCAAAACAUUUAUGCAAAUACUACCCAGAACAAUAUUACUACCAUAAUCGCCGAUGUAGAUGAAGCUGUUUACAAUCUCAGUGACCCCGAUGAAAUUUUGGAACCUUCUGCUAAAGACGCUGACUCAAAAGGAAUUCGUUUUGGGAAGGAUCAAUCAAUGGAAUUCGUCGAUAGUGUAACGCAAAAUUUUGAAUUGUAUAAAAUUGAUAUAAAAAAUAUAAACCUUUAUUCACUCGAUACAAUCAAUAGAAAAGGUUUUAGAUAUUCAGCACUACCACGAGCAGAAGAAUUCUAUUCAUGCAAGGAAAAUGCAAUUCCUAUUAUACAUGAUACAAUAUUCUCACUCGAAAUAUCGCGAGAGAGUGUCGAAAUGGACAACGAUUGCUUUCGAAUAUUCGGAUGUGUUGUAAAACCACUGCGAGUAUCUCUUAAACGACAGCAGUACGAACAACUGCUUGAAACCAUCGAUAAUGUAUUUAAAAUUCCCCGAGAUUUGGUUCGUCCUCCAGCUGAAGCUUCGACAAUGACUGAUAAGCAUCCAGAAAUUCUUGAAGAGUCAACAUUCAAUGCGUAUCCAAUUUCAGACAAGGUUCGUCGUGGUCUUAUGUAUCAAAAUAGCUUUGAAGAGAGACCUUCUUCCGUAAAUAUAAAAGUAAACUUUGAGUUACCAACCUUUAUCAUACAACUAAACGAUGGAAGCGAUGUACCUCAAAUACAGAUCUCCUUCAAAGACUUUUCUGUGAUGUUCGAAAAGCGUAACGUGUACGAAACGCACCUUGAAAUUUCUCUACGGUCAAUCAUGAUGGAAGAUCUACUUCAACCUGACACUGCUAAAAAUCGGUAUAUGGUAGUAUCGUCCUCACAGAACAAUCAGUUUGGUAGACCAGCAACAUCAUUUGCUUCGCAUUCUUGUCCUAAUUUGGCUGGACUUUUAAGCAACAUCGAAGAAUUACCAAACUCCUUGCCAAACAAUUUAAACGAUAAAACGUGCUUCUAUUUCUUAACAGCAAAUAAGACUUUGUGUCCUGAUACCCCUCCUCCAUCUCCCUCGAUACAGAGGCAACAAAACAAAACCGGUACUGGUGAAGAAGCUAACUUGGUCAUUUAUACAUCGAUAAUGGUUGACCCAAGCUGUCCGACGUUUGCCACUCAAUUUAACUCUCUUCAACAGUGUAGUUCAAUCGAUUUCAAUAGUCUUGACCUGAUAGUAUCAGUGGAGAGUUGGUUUGUCUUGUUGAACUUUUUUGGUUUGCUUAAUGAUGGAGAAUCGUCAAGUGGUACACAUAAAUCUUCUUCGGAACAAAUGACACGCGAAAAAAAUUUGAACCGCAGCCAUACGCAGCUGGACAUUUCGGUGCGAUCGUUGUCGCUGGUGUUGGCUAAACCAGAUUACGAAAUAGCUAAAGCUAACGUAUCCAACGCAAACUUUACCAUAUCUCAACUAUAUCAUACGAAGCAAGUCGAAGGUAGACUUGGCUCUAUUACGCUGAGCGAUCUGACACCGUAUGGUUUUAUCUAUCGCGAAAAAUUCAUGACCACUGGAAAUGAGGCUUUGAGCUUUGUAUACAUCCGGGAUGCGGAAAAAUCCUAUGCAAGAAACCUUCAAAAAGAUGCUGUUUUAAAGAUAGAAAUGUCUUCAGUGCGAUUUGUGCACACCAAGCGUUUCAUUGCUGAGAUACAAUUGUUUUUCAAGGAAUUUUCCCAACUGCAAACUCCGGUGAUGCGAAAAAUUAAACCAACAGACUCCAGGCCUAGUCUCAACCAGCGACCCACUCAGCUGGGGUUGGAGAUCAAUGCUGGAGCACCGAUUUUGAUAUUUCCAAUGGCAUUUAAUAGUGAUCAGGUCAUUAUAGCCGAUCUAGGUGAAUUCACACUGAAAAAUGAAUUUCGCAUGAGCGAUGAUCCGGAAGUUAUCAGUGUCUCCUCCAACGACACCGUUAAGGAAGUUCUAGAUGUAAUGCAUGUCAAUUUAUUCCACACCAACAUCUUCGCAGCCAAUCGGAUAGUAAAACCUGAUGAACACCUCGAAAUGAAACACUUUGAUAACGAUAUUGCAAUAGAUAUGAAAUGUUACUUGUUAGUCAAGCAGGGGCCAAGUUUAUUGAAAGACAAAUGUCACCUGAAACUGCAAGUUGAACGAAAUAUGGACUCAUGGAACAGUCAUUUUGUUCCAGAUAUCAGUGUGCACGGAACAUUAUCGAGAUUAGAAGCUGUUCUAGAUUUGCAACAGUAUCGACUGGUGCGAGGAUUUUUAUCGUAUAAUCUGGGCGAAUCCCUAGAUGAACUCUAUCUUCGACCGAUGUACAUUGCAAAUAGUACAUUGAGUUUGAACACUGAUAGCGACCCGCUUGAUGAAUUGUGGAAAAAUCUGUCUAUACAUCUUGAACUGCAAGACGUUUCAGUGCGUCUGGAGGCAUUGGAUAUCGAUGGCAAACCCACACCAUUGGCAUGUAUCAACUUCAUAAAAUCCAAGUUACUGGUAGAUUCUCUCAGUGACGGGGCUCAAGAUAUUGAUCUGGUAUCACAGGAAAUACUAAUCAAAGAUACAAGGUCUGAUGUACUUUCUUCGCCUGACGCAAUCGGGAAUGUUUUCUCUAACAUACUGCAGCCGAUAGUAAGUGAUUUCGCGGACGGUCAAGUACAAGCUGAAAUACAUAGCAGACGGCGACAAGAUUUGACGAAAUUUACAAUUCUUUUAAAUAACAUGCGCUUGAUGGCGAUUUUGGACUGGUUAGAGAGUGCCAAAGAUUUCAUACUACAGCAAGAAGAACAACCGCAAAUUGGUUUGGAAAUUCGAAAUAACAAACGCUCAGCGUCAGUUGACAUAAACAAGAUAACACCAGUGCCUUCAGAGAACAACCGGAUUGAGCUCAAGCUAAAUAUAACAGACUCCGAGCUGGUACUGGUGGAGAAAACAGAUCAACACGAUACGAACGCUGUUAUUUUGAAGAGUACUACCGUAGUAUCAUACCGACCAUUCGAAACUGCCAAAAUUUUGUCUAUCAACCUUAACAAUUUAGAAGUGUUUUCCUGUGUACUCGGCUCAGAGGACGGCACCGCUCUUUCUAUUAUUGAUCCAAUCACUGUUAACAUGGAUCUUCGGCAAGGUGUGUUAGAUGUGCAAAUGCAAAGGCAAUUAUGCAUCCGGCUGUCUUAUCACGAUGUCAAAAUGUUCCAGCGAAUGUUAGAAUCCCUUCCAGGUCAGACAAAAUUUGCUCGAGACAGCAAACAAGCGAGCGUUGAAGAAAAUACGGAAGCAAGUACAGCAGUCGAAAAACUUAUUUUGUUGGGAUUCAAUCGAACAGACUGCCUAAAAGCAUUGGAAAAGUCGAAUUACCAGAUAGAUGAGGCAGCUCUUUGGUUGACGCAAAAUUCGGAGCCAUCAAAAUACUCAGCCGAGAACAAAAAAAUGGUGGAAGCGAUUGAGCUCAAGGCAUCAUGUAUAUCAAUUUGUAUUAUCGAUGAUUGCCGAGAUGCAGAUGUACCAUUUGUGGAGCUUUCCUUGAAUAAAUUAGACCUUAGGCAAGAAAUGGGCCAGUGUUUACCUUCGACUACUGCAGAUGUCAAUGAUCUGGAUUCUACUGUUGCUAUAGAAGCAUUCUCAACAACUUUCGCUGGAUACAAAGCCGGUCGCUUGACUGGUGUAUUUGCAAGCGACUAUUAUAAUCGAGCUUUGAGCGGUUGGGAACCGUUGAUUGAACCUUGGAAGGUUGACACGCAGUGGGGCUAUAGUUUAGGCCAAACUGGAGCGAGCAGGAAUCGACUUAACUUAAAAGUUGAAAGCAACGAUACAUUAAGACUGAAUGUUACUAGUACUUUAAUAGAACUUUAUCAGUUGGUGAAAGAAAACUGGAUUCAGGACUAUUACAACUCUACGAAUUCUGCAUGUAAAAGUCCAGUAAACUAUCGCAGAAGAACGCCAUUCGUUCCAUUUGCUAUCAAGAAUGAUACAGGUGUGAAGUUGUGGUACACUACAGUUUUAUCAUCAGAAUCUUCGAAAACAACUGUAUUGUCUGAUCCGGAUACGCAGUGGAGUCAAGUGGAUCCGGGGGGAACAGCCAGUUUCUCGUAUGCCUCAGAAAGUAAACAACGCCAUCGCGACACGCAUAAAUUGAAUUUACAUCAGAUAGCCGUUCGUGUCGAUGGUUGGCAAGAAGUAGGUCCAAUAUCCGUUGAUCGAGUUGGAACUUUCUUUCGACAUGCACGACCUGACCUUGUUGAUGAUUAUUCACAAGCACCUAGAGCACGAAUUGUUUUCGCAGUUUCACUGGAGGGAUCCGCUCAGAAGCUCAUCACCGUGCAAUCUGCACUUAAGCUAACUAAUAAGCUGGAUAAUCCUGUGUUGGUGAAAAUGGAACACUUGUACGGUCAUUUGAAUAUUCGUAACUGGCCUGAUACGCAUACACAAAUUCUCCAUUCCAAUGAAAUUCUAAAUAUUCCAUUAACUCACGUACAUGCAAUAUUGUAUUUUCGUCCCCUCCCGGCAAAUGUCCCCUUACUCGAGGACGUCAGCGCUAAUCAAUCUCGCUCGGAAGAAUUGAGCAUUUCAAGUGACGGUUGGACAUUAAUACAAAAAUUUGACAUCCAUAAAUCGUUCAACAAUAACAACGGCUUUCAGUUUACCGAUAAAGGAAUUCGAUGGAACGAUGCGAUAGAGACGAAUGAACUUUACCAGGAAUUGCGAACAUGUCGUGGCUUGAGGGAAAGAUCAUAUAAAAUGUUAGUUUCUAUCCGAAAAGAAGCCUAUCCUUCUAAGGAUGUUAUACUGCUUCCUGGACAUUCAAUAACACUAUGGCCACCACUCAGAAUUCACAAUCUGCUGCCGUGUGAUUUACUCUACAAACUACCUUCUGGUACUCAGGGUAGAAUAUCCGCAACCAAAACAGCAAAAAUCACCGAAAUCGAUAUGGAACAACCGGUGAUGUUGACUUUAACCCUAGAUAGCUAUCCUGAAGCUGGCCAAAUUACUAUACCAGCAGGAUUUUAUGGAUCAACCGAACUGGAUGUGAGACUGUUUGAUACAAAAUCUAGAAUGUUGAAGUUAAGAGCUUGCGUUUGCAUCAUUAAAGGACGAGGAAUACAAAUUUCAAUCAGCGCCCCAUUUUGGUUAGUUAAUAGAACAGGCAUUCCUUUAGUCUUUCGUCAGGAUGACUUGGACAGCGAAAGCUCCGGUCAGUUUUCAGAAAAUGAACAAGCUCGCAUGAUCUCUCCGUUCAUGUUUGCAUUUUCUGACCCUUCCAGCUCGGGAUGCCUUACUAUGCGACUCGGAAGGCGAUUCGGACAGGGUUUACAAUGGUGCCAACCGUUUAAACUAGAACAAGGCAUCAAACAUAGGCAACUUGUCGGCGGAAAAGAAUCGUUCAUAAUUGGGAUUGAAGUUCGGCGUGCGAGAGGUCGCUAUAAUCAAACUUCUAUCGUUACCUUUUCUCCCAGGUAUCAAUUGUACAAUCGAAGUUCCUACAAACUUCAAGUUUUACAGAAAUGUUUUACGGAUACGGUGUAUGACCCGGCAGCCAAAUCAGCAUAUAUUGAAGCUGUUCCCGGGUGUCAUAUAGCGUUCCACUGGCCACGUUUAGAUAAGGAGCAAGAAUUGUGCGUUCGAUUACCUGAUGUGCACGAGUGUCUGUGGUCCGCUGGAAUUCCUAUUUUUGAAACGCAAAGUCUCUAUAUCAACAUUAGAACUGCGAACGGUGCUAUGCAAUUCCUUCGUUUGGAAACGAUACUUCAAGGUGCAACUUAUUUCAUGAUAUUCAGCGAUGCUCAGUCAUUACCUCCGCCUAUUCGUCUUGAUAAUUAUUCGGAGGUACCAAUCAGGUUCCACCAAGCAGCUGUUAAACAUCAAUUCAAAACAACAGUGCGGCCACGAAACUCAAUGGCGUACGUAUUGGACGAACCACUAGGCAACAAAUAUCUACAAAUAGAGGCACCGGGCGGUGAUUUCGAAAAUUGUUCGCUGAAUGGAUUCGAUAAUUUUCGUCUAACCUAUGAGAACUUCAUCUACAUUGCUUUUAGCCAAACGUUUGAAUCAACUCCAUCCUUCGAAUAUAGAACGACAAAUGACUUGGAUGUUAAAUCACAACAACUAGUUUUGGGAGUUAUUGACGGCCGAGUUGUUCUUGUUCGCAAGCAGGCAGGUGACCGUUCUCAACUGUGGCGAAUGAAUCAUGAGAAACAACUAGAACAUGAAGGUUCUUCACCGCCAAGUGAACCAGGGAAGAAACAAGCAAGGUUCGUACUAGAUUUAGAAAAGCCACCUCAACCGAUGCAGUUCAUCAACUUAGUUGUCAGACCAUCCAAUAGACAGCGAAGAUCUACGCAAACAUGGCGCUUUACCGAAGAAGGACGACUGAUGUGCGAGCAUUCGAAUAUGUGUGUUCAAGCAAAAGGAGGAAUCUUUGGGUUACAGAUUGGAUCCGAAGCAGGGCUCGGAAUGUGCGUUUCGGAAACGAAAGCCUUGAAUCGUUAUGGUGUGCCUUAUGAUCAAGCCAUUGAAAGACAGAAAUUACGACCUGGUUCAGGCUGUCUCUCUGUAACGUAUCGCAUGGACGGGCCAAUUAAGUGUAUUCAGAUAAAAGACGUAAAGAAUCUGUCGGGGGGUCCUCUUGCACUUGAUAACUCCUGGAAGCAUGUGUCACACAUACUUAAUGAAAUAUCGAGCAGAAACUUGAUUAAUGAGCAUAAACAAUUCUUAGAAGAACAACAGGAAUACUAUAUUGUAAUGAAACUGCGAAAAGGUAUUGGAUUUUCUUUAAUUUCCAACCAGCCUUGUGAGGAAUUGGCCUACGUUACACUAGAGGAUAUCAAUAUGGAACUUAUCUCUACAAUAAAUGUAUUUUCAUUGGAUUUUAGUGUUGGAGAUAUGCAAAUUGAUAAUCAACUUUUCGAAACUUCAUGUCCCAUAGCUUUAUACACAAUCCCACCGUCGUCGAACGAAUCACCCAACCGAUCUAGCUUAUCAUCUUUGCAACUGAAUAUCAAGCUUCUACCUAGUCCCAACACAAAUGCUAUAAUAUUUGAGCAUUUCAUCCUAAGCAUUCGUCCGGUGGCUGUGUAUUUAGAGGAGCGACUUAUAUUACGGUUAGUGAAAUUUACUGGGUUAGCUAAAAGUCCCAUCGAUCUGACAGCUCUUCCGGACGAGUCAGAUUAUGAAGCGCAAAAAAUCGUCUACAAGGUUCUUGACGCCAAUGUGAAACGAUACUACUUUGGAGAUCUUCAGAUUGUUCCAAGCCAAAUAAGACUGAGUUUUAUUACAGCUUCCAAGCUGGCACCCGAGUUUGCUGAAGUCAAACGAAAUCUAGGGUUUACGUUUAUCAAAUUUGAAGAUGCAAUCAUCAAUUUUGAUAAAUUCACGCACAAAUGUCACUUCGAAACAAUGGACGCUUAUUUGCACGCAAUUAAAUCGCAUUAUAAACAAGAACUGAAAUGGCAAGCUGCGUCCAUACUGGGGUCUGUAGAUUUUCUCGGUAAUCCACUUGGAUUCGCAAACGACCUCACAGAAGGAGUUUCUGGCCUGUUACUGGAAGGGUCAAUAUCGUCACUAGUUAAAAAUGUAACCCAUGGAAUAUCUAACUCUACAGCAAAGCUCACGGAAACGAUAUCUGACGGUUUGGGUAAAGUUGUUUUUGAUGAUGAGCACGUGGAAGCCCGACAAAAAAUUUUGGAUGUAUCUGGAGGCAGUGGGAGCACAACAGGUGAUCAUUUAGUAGCCGGUUUUAAAGGAUUUACAUUUGGACUGCUCGGAGGAGUUACUAGUGUGGUGAAGCAUACUUACAAUGGUACCGUAAAUGAUGGUUUUUCAGGAUUUAUCACCGGUCUUGGUAAAGGACUAGUUGGAACCGUAACAAAACCUGUUAUCGGAGUGCUCGAUUUGGCAUCGGAAACUGCUAAUGCUGUUCGGGAGCAAAGUAAAAGUUCUAGCAGAAUUUUACCCGAACGCAAGCGUCAUCCAAGAGUUGUAACUGGCGCACCAGGUGGUUUGCUUCCUCCUUAUUCUAGUCUACAGAGCAAAGGUCAACAGUAUCUGUUCUUGAUCAAUAAAAGAAAUUUCAAUGAACAAUUUAUGGCAUACGAACCGUGCCUGUUGGAUACCAAAGAAUCAAAAAUGCGACUACUUGUCUCAGCUGAUCAUGUUUGGGGAUUUUCGAAAAACGAAGAUACCACUACAAUCGUUUUUCACUAUCGGUUAAGUGAAAUUAUCUCUUGUCAGCUAGUCACUGUCCCUGCAGUUGGUGCUUCUAACGAGCCAAGCUCCAACACUACACGAGCCAAAAAGACAACAACCUAUAUCGAGUUUUGUCUUAUGCUACCCUCCAAGUCUCUUACACCGAGUGCACCAGAAAUGGUAAAACGACCACGGGUCCGGUGCCAGAACGAAGAUAUUGCAAAGAAAAUUUGUCAUCACAUCAACUUUGCUAAGUGUAUCUACGAUGAGCGUGAACAAACGUUAAACUCAAAUGCUGUGAUCGAACCGUGAGGUAUCAAAAUUCCUCUCGUUAACUCAAUUUCUGAGUCAAAUACGUACUGAAUUGAAAAUGGCGUUUGGAACCUUAAAAUUAAAAGAAAGCGAUUAAUUUUACGUCUGUUAUUAUUCUAGACUAAAUUUGUUUCCGUUUUUAAACUGGCAGGACGAAGUACGAUAUAUUGGUUAAAAUAGAUUAGUUUAAAUUUUAUUUCAAUAUAAAACGAAA